AUGAAGUUCUCCUGCGCAGCCGCUUUCUUCGAGUUCGGCAGGAUGCAACGGUGUAGAGCUUCUAUCACCAUCAUCUUCACCACCGAAGCGCUCGCCAUCAUCAACAUGGCUCGAGAGCUUCCUCCUCUGCCGGCCUUGCGCCGUUCGACUCGCCGGACCGCCACGCGCAGCGUGACUCCACCUGCCACGGUCCAGGCAUCAGUACGCGGUGGCUUGCAGCCUCUCGACGGGAUUGAGUUGGCUAGCCAGCCCAUCGAUCUUGGUCUCCUUGGCCUUGCGCGCCGCGUCCAGGCUGGCUCUCCUGCCGCCAUGGCUCGCGCCAUCGAGCUGCUCCCCUCAGCCGAGGUGGAUGCAGCUGUCCCUCCUGCGGCACUGAUCCCCGCAGUUCGGCCUCGCUCUCCUGAGGUCGAGAGCACUAUCACCGAGCGCUUGCAGGAUGACCAUCGCCACCAGACUCCUCAGGAGCACCUGGUCCAGCCUGCUGUUGGCAAGCAGCCUUCUACACCUCUGGCAGUGCUGGCUGCCACGGCCUUGGAGAGCAACACGUUCUUCCAGGGCGUGCUUCAAGAGCGGGCCCGUCGGCUUGGUACACCUGCGUCGAGUGUGGGUCCACCUCGCUCGCCAGUGUACGAGCCGGCCUCGCCACCACCGCCUGGGCUCUCACCGCGUGGUGGCAGCUCCAUGUUCCUGGGCUCGUCGCCGCUCUCGUCCCCGGUGGCCUCGCCCACCACGUCCGAGCUUGAGAGGCGGGCCAACGCCCCCAGCCCGGAUUGGACGCCGAAGUCUCCUCCUCUCUGGGAGACUCCGCCUCCUGAAGAGCGGCUGGUGGAGGUGGUGCUGCCUGGUAGGCCCAUGGGGGAGAUCGUUGCCCAUCCUGCCAAGCCCACAGAGGCAGAGCUGGUGGCUCGAGUUGGUGGUCCGCCGACUCCUCCUCAUCCUGGGGGUCCACGGGGCACCACGCCUGACUUCGGCGGAGGGGAUAUGGCGUCGGAGCGAGGUGGGUCUGACUUCGGCGCGGACCAUAGUGGCUCCGAGCGAUCUCGCGAGCCCACGCCUGAGGUUGGCCCGCCUCCGUUUCGUGUGCGAGCCCAGUCUCGCAGUGGAGCCUCUGCUCCUGGUUCCUCGGCCAAGAAGCGUGCUCCCACGCAGGCUGAGCUGAUGGAGUGGACGGAGGGGUGGUCGGCUGCCGGGCUGCUGUUGGAGGUGGCGAAGAAGCGCCUGCCGUGGAAGCUUGGCGAUGCCCAGACGCAGUGGCUGCAUCGCACUGUGGUCCGCCGGCUGACAGAAGGCUGCAUGCCAUGGCCGACUCUGUCUUGCUCGCACUGCAAGGCUCUCGAUGUUCCUUGUUUCAUGCCGGCCUUUGGCAACGCGCUCGGCAAGAAGCCCUGCGUCUCGAAGGAUGCGUGCUGCCACUGCUUCCUUGACAAGGUCAAGUGCAAGGGCCGCACCAUUCCCAAGAGCGUGCGGCACGAGUACAAGGGCGACUACGAGCACGCCGUGCUGAGGCCUGGUGAGUUUGCAGCGGCGCAAGCUCACUUGGCCAUUCCUGGUGGGAGGGGUUUGGGCAAUCGUCGUCGGUACGAUCGCCUGGAGGACUUCACUGGUUCGCUCUGCUGGGCGAGGGAUGCUCGGGAGUUGUUCGAGUUGGAGGGCUCGGUGGGUGACCAGGUGCGCAACGCGGUGAGCGAGUUCCACCGUCGGCAGCGAGCGCUCCGGGGUCAGUUCCUGCCCUACAAGGGUAUGGAGGAGGGCGCGGAUGAGGAAGGUCUCGGCUGGUUUGUGGAUGGCCGUGACCACAUGAAUACGGUCAUCCGCAACCGCCCAGAGAUGCACGAGGUGUUGAAGGCGCUGGGGUACUUCGACGACCCGGAGGAGGAGAGCGAGGGCGAGCGGCCCAAGAAGAAGGCCAAGAAGUGA